CGGAUUCGUCGACGGGCAGCCAUAUCCGGUUGCAGAGUCAGCAAUUGCCGGGUGGUGGUGACUUUGCCAGUCGCGCGUGCCUUCUCGCUCCGUCUGCUGCCUGCGAUCGACUGUUUCCGGUCGGCAGAAUUUGGGAAAUACGAAAUCGGACCGCACGAAAUUCGGAAGAAAUGCAGAACCUGGUCGCAGCGCCGACGGGGUUGAAUUGCACCGCGUGCUUGUCUCAGAAGCAGCGGAAUUGCUCCUCUUUUGGAAGCUCGUGCACGACGCAAUGGCCGCAGGCUGAUCGAUCGGCUCUGAGGUGCCCGAGCACUGACAGCGCCAAUUCUGCUGCUCCUCGCUCCACCGUCGUCGUUUCUGCCUUCUUCGGUCUCGGAGGCAGUAAGAGCAGCUCGGCCAAAGCGGGAAAGGGAUGCUUCAGUUGUGCAGGAAAAGGCGCCAUCGAGUGCCAAGGCUGCAAGGGCAGCGGAAAGAACAAGAAGAAUGGUAACAUGUUUGAGCGCUGGAAAUGCUAUGACUGCCAGGGGUUUGGCUUGGUCGGAUGCCCCAAGUGCGGAAGUGGGGGGCUAACUCCUGAACAACGAGGAGAACGCUAGUUUUGUAAAUACUGUAAAAGCGCCUCGUUGCAACCGAGUCCUCUCUCAAGAGAGACGAGUGUGUUGAGAAAUCUGAGAAAUGUAAUCCGCCGACUUCAAAGAAAUGAGGGGAAGGAAAAUCUCACUUCCGACCUGAACUGAUGAAAUACCACAUUGUUCAUCAACUUUUUAGCGAAGCUCUCGCAAGGAAAGCUACGCAACGCGGGUUGCAAUUUAACUCCACUACGGGGAGUUAAAUCUACAAUGCAGCUGCAGAGGAUAAAUAAGUUGAUGAGGUAGAGAAAAUGUUUCAAGUUCACAUGUGUAAUGAUCUAUCUUUAGACCGCAAUGUAAGCCAAUUGUAUUGGAAUGAAGGAUGGGCAUUGCAGC